AUGAAUCCUUACGAUCCGGAAAUGAAUACUUUUUAGAUAAUUAAGAAUUGUCUUAUAUUUUAGUCGGCAUUGUAGCUUUUCCAUGAUGUCUGAUGGACGACUGGCUCAAGAUUUAUCUGCUUCGGACUAUGAUCCGGAACGCUAUGUCAGUCACCAAUCUGAGGAGGGGGAGAUGCCACUACUGGAGUUGAAACAGAAAGUACAGAUUCUGUCGGACACAACGGCCAAAGAACUGAAGAAAAAUGUGUACAAGAACUACUCACAAUUCAUUGAAACAGCUCGGGAAAUAUCAAUCCUUGAAGGUGAAAUGUACCAGGUUAGCCACAUGCUCACGGAGCAGAAAUCCCUCAUGAACACCAUGCUGGAGAUGUCAUUAGUCAGCGAUAAAGCCGUUGUUGAGGAGCCGACCAAAGAUCCAGAGCCAGAAAACCCAGAAGAAGAGACUCGCAGAAACCUUGCUUUUCUAUUGGAGAAAGUAGAAGGAUGCUCAAGUGUGACCGAGGUACCGGGCCGACAGCUGAUACACAAUGGAGACCUUGCUGACCUUGACAUGGAAUCUUUUGCCCAGAUCCAGCGUGUUCACAUGUUCCUACUCAACGACAGUCUUAUGAUCGCCUCCUGGCUUCCUAACAGACGAGGCCCAGUCCGAUACAGGUUCCAAGGUCUGUAUGAGCUGGAUAAUCUCGCCAUUGUGAACAUCCGUGAUGCCGGGGCCGUGAAAAAUGCCUUCAAGGUUCUUAUGUUUCCAGACUCCAAGAUCUACGCUGCUGACAGUGCCAAGUCCAAGCGGCAAUGGCUGGACAUCCUGGAGGAGACGAAGAAGAAGAAACUAGCUCGAGACAAACAGAAACGAGAGGCUGCGCUCCGAUUGGCCGAACAGCAAGCCGCUAGUCCUUCCACUCCCAAACAGGAAGAGAGUAGCACUUCAAUUGAGGAUACAGACGAGGUUGAUGCUGCCAUGGAUACGGCAAUGCUGUCUGCUGAUUGGCUGCAAGAACUCCCAGAAGACCUGGACAUGUGUAUAGCACAGAGAGAUUUCGAGGGGGCCGUGGAUCUUGUAGAGAGAGUAAAUGAACAUUUGAAAGACUGUCAGAAAACACCAGCUGUGAAGGAAUUUAAAGCUCGGAUAGACCACAGAGCGAAGCUGCUGACAGAGGGUUUAAUGAGUGAACUACAGGUGUCACCCGAGAGAUCAUUAAGGGGCGGUCCUAGAGCAGCUCGAAGGGCUGUGGCACAGCUGAUACGGCUGGGAAAGUCCGCCCAGGCAUGUGAUCUGUUCCUGAAGAACCGAACUGCGAUCAUCAAGUACAAUAUCCGGCAGUUGAAGUUUGAGGGAGCCACGAGCCUGUAUGUCCGCUGCCUGUGUAAUGUGUUCUUCGCCAGUCUGUCCGAGACAGGGAGGGAGUUUCACAAGGCCUUUCCACAGCUGUUUGGAUGCUUCUCAGCCUUCAUCGUUUGGGCAAAGACAGAGAUGGAGCUCUUCAUCCGGAUUUUCAAAAGACACACAUUUGAUAGCAAGUCCAGCCUAGCUACCAUCUCAGAAUGUGUCUCCAUAGCAACCAAACAUUGUGUGGAGUUGUCUGGUAGUGGUCUUGACCUGGGUUUUUACCUGGACAAUCAAAUAUCAGAAGACUUGGAGAAGGCUGUCCUAGAAAACCGGGCUCAGAUUAUUGAAGCUGUCAAGUUCCGGGCUAAGGAUGACAAGUGGAACCCCCUCAACCUUGGCACAGAGACUGAAUGUAUGUACUACGUGGAUGACAUGGCGGCCGUGGGGCUUGAUCUGAAGGAACAUGUGUAUAACCUGUGUUUCAUCUCUCUGACCAUGAAUACGACCCAGUAUUGUAAGGUUGUGAUGGUUCUUGCACAGAGCCUGAUACUCGUGCACACUAGCGAGAGGGAGGCCCUCAUCACAGAAACCCUCGUGGACAUCUUCAGGGCACAGGUUAAACACCUGGAGGCUUCAGUUAAGAAUGAAAAGUUUAAAGAAAAUGUGAAGUUUAUUCUGAAGAAUUGUCAAUUCAUUCUGGAGGCACUGAUGUCCAAGAUUGACUACAUGUACAGGAACCAGGGCAUCCCGUUCCCCGCCCAGCUUGCAAAGGUCAACGAGGAGUACAAACGACUCAAGACCAUCGUGGGAACAAUGACCUAAAACUAGAUAGUGUGACACAUGUAUGAAAGGAUUUAUUUCAGCUUGACACUCAACUGCUUAACCCUCAAAAAUCAUCGCAUCUGAUUCCAUUAAGUGUUACCAUUACUCCAGAGACCAGAUGGGGAAAUGACAAAGGAGUUGAUAUCAAGACACAAACUAGAUAUUUAAAUAUCUCAUUCCCACAUAGUUAGUGACUGUUAGUGUGAUACCAUUACAUAAGGGUACAUAAUGGGGUAAUGACAAAGAAUAUUGGAAAUUUAAACACCUUUACACAUGGCAGAAAGGUGCAUUUUAGUUUUUAAAUCAGGCUAUCCAAUUCAAGCACAACUUUGUGGAAGUAAAGUCGGAGAAUGGACUACGGCAGUUGUACACAGAAAUCAACUCAGUAUGCAUCUCUAAGUUUAUGUAAGGACUGGGUAGACUUUAGCAUACUACUAUGAUUCAGCAGCCAAUCGAAUCUACUGGACAAGUUAUGCACAGGUUAUCUUUUGGCUAGUUUGCACAUAAAAGCAUUUUGAUUGGUCCUCAUUGAUAAUUAGAUAAACAUUGACCAAUCAAUAAAGAAUUUUAUUCCAGUAUAAGGUUGAUCAAAGAAAUAACCAGUUUUAUACAAUUGGCUGCUGAUGUCCAAGCUGCUGACUAACAGUCAGUUAUAAUAGUCAUAUUAUGGUCAUAGUUUCACUGUGGGCUUUGUGCAAUACUAUAGAAUGAUUGGUCAUACAAUAUUGUAAUCCCUGGUAUUAUAAAAUCUUAGUACAUUGUGCAUUGUGUUACAGUUUUCCGCUUAAGAUUGUAAGGUUUAUUCAUGUGAUAACUUAAUAGGUAUGAAUGUAUCUGUGAAUUGUUUGAAGAUGAAUGUUAUUUUAUUGAUAUAUAUAUAUAUGAUCCUGAUAAAACGAAAUG